UAUAUGUAUACUAAUACAAACAUUCAAAUAAUUAAAUGUAAAUAUAUUUUUUUGAUAAAUUGUUCUUUAUACCAUGUAUAAUAAAUGUGAUUAAACAAUUUUGUAAUGUUAAUUUAUUUAUUCAUUAUAUUAUUAGGAUUAGUUAGUAUAAACAUGUGUCACCACCAGUGGUUAAAUCCUGUACUACCAAGUUCUUACUAUUACCAACUUUCCCCUUUAAGAUUUUUCUAUUGGGAUAGAAAAAUCAAUACUUCUUGUAACUAUCUUUACUGUUCAAAAAGUUUUUAAUACUCUAUUUUUAUUUUUAAUUAGAUAAUUUUAGUAAAAUAAUUAUAAAUAUUAAAUAUGUCUUCUUUUGGUUUUGGUUUGAGUGAAAUUAUGAAUAUAUCAGUAUUUUAUGAAAGUAAAAUUGCCAAUGGGACGAAUAAUGAACAUUCAACAGGUUGGUGUAGAGAUUGGCGUAGCUCACAACAUUGGAUGUUUCAAUUAGCUAAUGCUCUUUUUUUUAUAUCAUUCUCAGUGCCAACUAGUUAUUAUGGUAUAUUGUUUAUGCAUUCAACACUGAUUACAGGAUUUAUAAUAUUUAUUACAUGGGCGUGGCAUGUUGUAUGUGCUCCUGAUAUUUUAACUUGGAACUUAAGUUUUCUUUUUAUCAAUAUAUUACAGUUGAUUUAUCUUCUAUAUCAGAGAAGGCCAAUUAAUUUUAAUCCUGAACUUGAACAAGUUUAUCGUAGAAUGUUUAAACCAUUUAAUGUUAGUAGGAUACAGUUUAAAAAACUUGUCGGUGAACAAUUUGCUCAGAUUAUGACGUUGCAUAUUGGUGAAGCUUAUGCAAUGCAAAAUUUAACUAAAACAGAUAGACUUGGAUUAUUAUUGUCUGGUAGAGCAAAUGUUUUACAAGAUCAUCAAUUAUUACAUCCUAUAGGACCUUGUGAAUUUUUGGAUUCUCCUGAAUUUGAAAGUCGAGGAUCAUCUGAAGAUAAAUUUAAAGUGUCUGUUUUUGCUGCAACUACUUGUCGGUAUAUAUUUUGGCAAAGGUCUGCUUUAGAAUAUCUUUUUGUUAAAGAAACAUAUUUAGCUACUGUAUUCGCAACUCUAGUUGCCAAAGACAUCACUAUAAAAUUGUAUUUAAUGAAUAAUAAGAUUGUUACAGAAAAAGGUUUACACUUGGAUAUUAGAUUACCAAGUAUUACUCCAGCUCUAGCAUCAAAAGAGUUAAAAGCGCCAAUAAUAAAAUCUCUUAAAAAACAAGCUACUUUAACAUCCUAUCUUCCAAUAUCACCUGUUCCUGCUGUAAAAAUCACCAAAUGUGAUAUAGAGGAUAAACGACAGAUGACAAAAUUAGAUAAAAUUAAUUUAGCAAAUGAAAUGGGUAACACUGGAGUGGAAAAUUGGCUAGAGAAGACAUCAAAAUAUCAUAGUCUAGAAAUGGAUGACGAAGAUUAAUGUUCUACUAAUUAUUUAUUUUAUUUUUUAUUAAUAAAAAUAAAAUCUUGGUAACAGAGAUCACUGUUCAACAAUCGGCCAGUAUUUUCAAAUAUUUGCAAAUGUCAAAUAAUGAUAUUACAUAAAUCUAAAUCUUUUUAUGUAGAGUUAUACUUUAUUAAUUAAAUAUAUUAUAUCGUUUUUUAAUUUUUAAAUGGUUAAUUUUUACAAAUACACUAAAAUAUGUUAUUUUUGUAAUAUUUCAAUAAAAGCUGUCAAA